AUGUCCGCAGCUCCCGCCAGCAACGGCGUGUUCGUUGUCAUCCCGCCCAGCGAUGCCGGCAGCCUCCGCCCGCCUCCAGCCAUCCUGUCCAGUCCCUUGUGCCAGCCUCCCGGGGUGAUGCAGUUUGAGGAGCCGCCGCUGGGGGCACAGACCCCAAGGGCCACCCAGCCGCCCAACCUGCGGCCCACGGAGACGGAGACGUUCCUGACGGGAGAGCCCAAAGCUUUAGGGACCGUCCAGAUCCUCAUCGGCCUCAUCCACCUGGGCUUCGGCAGCGUGCUGCUCAUGGUGCGCCGCGGCCACGUGGUGCUCUUCAUCGAAGGCGGCGUCCCCUUCUGGGGAGGAGCCUGCUUCGUCAUCUCAGGGUCCCUCUCCGUGGCAGCCGAGAAGAACCACACCAGCUGCCUCAGGUGA